AUUACAUACUCCGUACUUUGUGUGUGUUUUCUUCUUUCUCAUAUUUAGUUUUGUUUUUUUUUUUGCUUUUUUUUGUUUCCGACCCUGCACAUUCAUUCGUUGAUAUAUAUUGGUUUUCGGUCGGACCCCCUAUGGCCAUCCCUUCCCUCGGCACCGUCGUCCAGUACGCCGUGAUAGCACUCCUCGGGUACAUCCUCGCCGGCGCCCCUUUCCUCUCACACCUCUCCGGCGGAUCGUCCUCCACCAGCACCACCAAUCCCCGAUCAUCAUCAUCAUCGCCGGGCAACCGCCAAUUCUCCCUCGACAAGGUCGAGUCGCUCGUGAUUCCGGACCCGGACCUCCGCUGCGAGGACCAUGACUACCGCGUGCAUGUGCUCGCGAGGGAGCCUCUCGUUAUUUAUAUCGAGGGGUUCGUGAGCGAGGAGGAGGCGGGGCAUGUGGUUGAGAUGAGCGAACCCAACUUCGUCCCCUCAACCGUGUGGACCGAAGGCAAAGAAACGCUCAACGCCUCGGUGCGCAAGUCCGAGAAAGCGCGUCUGGACCGCGACCACGUGGUCCGCUGCAUCGAGGAGCGCGCGCGCCGCUUCCAGGGCUGGCGGCCCCACGUCUUCGUCGAGAAGCUGUGGGCGCAGCGGUACCGGGCCAGCGGGCACUAUGCGUACCACUACGACUGGUCGACGGCGACGGCGAGCUCGGGGAGGGUCUCGUCGUUCAUGGUGUACCUCGAGGCGAACUGUACAGGCGGAGGCACGAAUUUCCCGCGGUUGAAGAUGCCGGGGGAUGAGAGUUGGUGUCGGUUCUUGGAGUGUGAGGGAGAGGGAGGGGAGGAGGGAGAGAGGAGGGAGGGCGUCACGUUUAAGGCGAUUAAGGGGAAUGCGGUUUAUUGGGAGAACUUGAGGAGUGAUGGCUCGGGGUACAAGGAGAGCUGGCAUGCGGGGUUGCCGGUGAAAGAGGGAGUGAAGAUUGGUUUGAAUAUCUGGAGUUGGUAUCAGGAAGGACUGGAUGCGCGGAUGUUAAGGGAGGAGAGUAUGAGAGAGGGUGCUGGCCAGUGAGGUGUUUGUGAGCGUAUGUGUGUGUGAAUGUACAUACGAGGUGUAUGUGUAUGUAUGUACAUGUACGUGGUGGAUAUGUGUGUACAUACGAGGUAUGUGUGGACAUAUUCAGUCAUAUACCCUGCCCAGGGAAAGAAGAGCAAUAUUGUAGUACAUACGUAGGUACAUAUCUCCAUAGAGUAAACGGCUCGUAUUCUGUCUACUCGGCUACGGGUACAAUGCAAGUUCAACUCCACACCGUAGCCAGAGAAGAUCCCGAAUUCAGCCCUGCCUACGGAUCGAAUCCGUCCAACCCGGGUCCCCUGUAAUUCGACCCUUGUCUAGGCUCGAUGAGCAAAUG